AUGCCGGUCACCAUCCAGCUCUUCUAUGUCCCCGAGAAGGCCUUGAUCGACUUCCAGAUCCAUGCCUUUGAGUCCCAUGAUCGCAUACUCCAGAAUGUCCGCGCGCGCUUUGGUGUUCCUUUCGUUGCGGUCUAUUCUCAAGAUGCGAAGCGACAGCCGACGAACCUGAGCAAGGUGCUUGAAGGCGCAAUCCUUCUUGUGACCACAUCGGCCCUUGAACACCCGCAGCCCUAUUCGCCGGUCGACUUCAAGCUGUAUCGCGGUGAGGAGACAGGUUUCGUACAUCCGAGUAUGCAGGGAAAGCCAUGGGCUGAGACCAGCGAAACCGAAAGGAAGAGCCAUAUUGUCUCCCUUGGUGCGAAUAGGCCAGAGACCAAGAACACCCUCCGCAUCACCGAGCCUUACGCCGCUAUCACCAUUGAGCUCGACGCAUUGAAGAAGACUCUUGGCAUGCAUACCAACGACAAGUAUGCGCUGAAGUCUUCCUACGACAAGAUCUUCAGGAACUGGGGCCUGUACUUCACUAUGUGGCUACCUGAAGAAUUGAAGCCGAAGGGUUCUUUGGCGGCCUAUCAGUGGGACUUGGAGAUGGUGGCAUCGAUUGCAAUACUGGCCAAGGCAACUCCAGGCCAGGGACACAUCCUCAAAGAGGUCCUCAAGAACUUUGUGGAGGCUCAGGGCACAUUUCGUGUUCCGGUCGUGCAAGACGUUCUUCAAGUCAUCGACUAUAUCUACCAGCGUGCGGCUUUUGCUAACUUUAGACAGAUGACCAAGACAGAGAAGGACAAGAUCAAGGAGAAGGAGCGUCAGAAGGCUAGAAAGGCUCGUAAGAAGGCGGCCAACAGGAGCAGGGCGGGCGAGGAGGACAUGGACGAGCUUGAUGAAGAUGCAGCAGAGGCUGCGGAUCCAAAGGGACUCUGGACAAAGAAGGAUGGAGACGAUGUCGACGACCUUGCAGACAAGCUGGGAGGUACUCAGACUUCCCGCCCUGCUCGUCGCACCUACGUAGAGGACACCGAGUCUGACUAG